AUGGAUGCUGUGAAUGCUACUCUUGCCCUGGACACAGUUGGAGAUUUGACAGUGCGCCUCUCAGCCUCUGUAACUCCGGACAACGCUACACUGAGCCAAGACCUGUUGCCUUUUUCUUCAAACACAAAUGAGACAACCGCGGUGGCGACGGACCGCAGCAGUUUCAUCCUGGCGGUGUGCAUCACGGCUCUUUACUCUGCGAUCUGCGUGGUGGGGCUACUGGGCAACGUGCUCGUUAUGUAUGGAGUGGUCAGAUACACCAAAAUGAAGACAGCUACCAACAUCUACAUCUUUAACCUGGCUCUGGCAGACACUCUGGCUACCAGCACACUCCCGUUCCAGAGUGCUAAGUACUUGAUGGGAACAUGGCCCUUUGGGGAGCUGCUGUGUAAAGUGGUCAUCGCCAUAGACUACUACAACAUGUUCACAAGCAUCUUCACUCUGACCAUGAUGAGCGUGGAUCGCUACGUUGCUGUGUGCCACCCUGUGAAGGCACUGGACUUCAGGACACCCGCCAAGGCCAAGAUCAUUAAUGUGUGCAUCUGGAUCCUGUCAUCUGCCGUUGGGGUGCCCGUCACCAUCAUGGCUGUUACCACAGUGAAUAAUGGAAACAUUAAGUGCACGCUGCAGUUUCCUGAUCCGGACAAGUACUGGGACACAGUGACUAAGAUCUGUGUGUUCAUCUUUGCCUUUGUGAUGCCGGUGCUGGUGAUCACCGUGUGCUAUGGCCUGAUGAUCCUGAGGCUAAAGAGCGUACGUCUUCUGUCCGGCUCCAAAGAGAAGGACAGGAACCUGCGCAGGAUCACCAGGAUGGUGCUAGUGGUGGUGGCUGCGUUUGUGAUCUGCUGGACCCCCAUCCACAUCUUCAUCAUCGUCGAUACCAUUGUUCCCUUCAACCGGAGCAACCUCCUGGAGAUGGCCAGCUGGCACCUGUGCAUCGCCCUGGGCUACACCAACAGCAGCCUGAACCCUGUGCUCUACGCCUUCCUGGAUGAAAACUUCAAGAGGUGUCUGAGAGACUUCUGCUUCCCGAGCCGCUCCCGCAUGGAGCAGAGCAGCUUCAGCCGUGUGCGCAACAGUACACGAGAGCCCGCAUCCAUUUGCGCUUCCAGCAGGAGGGAGAGGGCUCCAGCCUGA